CCUGUGGGGUGGUGGUCUCUGUUCUUGAUCGAUCAGUUCCUCUCGCUUGGCCUCUCGAUCUGCUUUUCUUGGCCGAACCCAGGAAACCCAGAAGCAGGAAUUUCUUGGAAGUGAGGCGUGGUCGAGCUUGAUCGAGAGAGAGAUAGAGAGAGAGAUGGAAGGGGACAGGAGAGUCGGGGUGGCGGUGGACUUCUCGCCGUGCAGCCACAAGGCGCUGAAGUGGGCGGUGGACAACGUCGCCCGCAACGGCGACCACCUCAUCCUCAUCACCGUCCGCCCCGAGGGUAACUACGAGGAAGGCGAGAUGCAGCUCUGGGAAGCCACCGGCUCUCCUCUUAUCCCUCUGAGUGAGUUCUCUGAUCCCGUUAUCAUGAAGAAAUAUGGGGUGAAGGUCGACCCAGAGACAAUCGACAUUGUCAGCACUAUCGCUAGGCAGAAGGAGGUUGUGGUGGUUAUGAAGAUCUACUGGGGAGAUGCUCGCGAGAAGAUCUGUGAAGCGAUCGACAAAUUCCCUCUGAGCUGCCUCAUCAUUGGAAACAGGGGCCUUGGCAAGCUGAAGAGGGCCAUAUUGGGGAGUGUGAGCAACUAUGUUGUGAACAAUGGAUCUUGCCCCGUGACUGUCGUGAAGGGCACAGAACACGAGACCUAAAUGGAUUGCAUGCUCUUCCAGUGUUUGAUCGAGAAAUAAAUUCACCUGCAUUCUCUAGCUGAUUGGGUCCCUAGUCCUUGAGGAUAUACAGGAUGGAAUCCAUGGAAAGUAAGUUAAUGCUGUUUCGAUGCUGUGGCAAAGUUGUAUGAAUUUCAUGGUUCUUGUACAUGUCAUUCUUCAGUUUCUGCAAAGUAAAACUUCGUCUGGCCGAAAACAUUUGAUCUUGGACACUUUGGAUGUUUAAUACUGGCAUCUAAUUUGCAGAGGUGUAGCCCUUGGUUAUAAUCUCGGAGUUGCUCUUCA